AUGGAGGUUGAUCCGGCGAAUCAUUAUUCGUUACGGUUACCGAAACCCAACUACCUCCCUCACAAGGUCGACGUUGACGGGCCUGUGGUAAAGAAAUUUAAUAAACCUUUAGAUCGGCCAAGCGACCUUGAGAAUGCAGCUUAUCUUAACAAGAUCAAACGUUUCGCUCAUGAAUAUGGCAUCACAAAGCCGAAAGGCUACACAGUGUCCUUCCAUUAUAACCCCGAAAUGGAGAGGCAUCACUUUGGCCAAACACAUCCAAUGAAGCCUUGGCGACUGACUCUCACCAAGAGUUUGGUCUCAUCCUAUGGUAUGAAUUUUGCCAUGGAAAACUAUACCGCUCGCGCGGCCACAUAUGAGGAGCUUACGGCAUUCCACACAAACGAUUACGUCGAAUUCCUUGCCUCAGUUGCUCCCCAGCCACUACCGUUAGACGUUGACAAUGCUAGUCCUGAUCUCAAGUUUAAUUUGGGAGGUAGUGAUUGCCCACUUUUCGAGGGAUUAUACGACUAUUGUUCCAUGUCUGCCGGUGGUUCGCUAGAUGCCGCGAGAAAAUUGUGCACGGGGCAGUCCGACAUUGCCAUCUCCUGGGGCGGAGGCCUACACCACGCCAAAAAAUCGGAAGCGUCAGGAUUCUGUUAUAUCAACGAUAUUGUCCUUGGUAUACUGCAAUUAUUGCGCAUCCAUCCCCGAGUUCUCUAUAUCGAUAUUGACGUGCAUCAUGGUGACGGCGUAGAAGAGGCAUUCUUCUCUACGGACCGCGUCAUGACGGUCUCUUUCCACAAGUACGACCCCCAAGUAUUCUUUCCUGGCACUGGCGCUUUAGAAGACAAUGGUCCAAGGAGCGAGCACAACCCGGGGGCGCACCACGCUAUUAACGUACCCUUGAAUGAUGGUAUUACGGAUGAACAGUACGAGUGGCUUUUCAAGAGCAUCAUUUCUAGAUGUAUAGAAAAAUUCAGGCCCGGUGCAAUUGCUCUACAAUGCGGCGCAGACUCUCUGGCUGGAGACAGAUUAGGUAAAUUCAAUCUGCUUGUUCAAGGUCAUGCCUCGUGUGUCGAGUACUGCAAAAGUCUAAAUAUUCCUCUUCUUAUGUUCGGAGGAGGAGGUUAUACACCUCGAAACGUCGCUCGUGCUUGGGCAUAUGAGACGGCUGUCGCCAUAGGUCACAAUAAGACUAUCCCCACAGAAUUGCCCCUUCACACCCCUUGGCGCGAGCGUUUUAGGCACGAUACACUCCUUCCCACUCUAGAACAGAUAUUGGGUGAGCCUCGCCAGAAUAAGAAUCCCAAAAAGAAAUUAGACGAUAUCAUAGAACACGUCACCGAGCAGCUGCGAUUCGUCGAAACCGCACCCAGCGUGCAGUUUUCUACCAUUCCGCCCGAUCUUGGUCCAAUCAGGGAUGAGGUAGAACAACGAAUCAAGGAAGAAGUUGAUGAGAAGGAUGAACUUGGGCGAAAACUUCGGGAGGAAGGCAUGGGAGAUCAUAUGGAAUUAUAA